AAAAAGUUUAUUUUUUUAAACACAUCAGAUGUUUUUGUUAGAGAGGAUUUCAUAACUGGAGAUAAAUGUCAAAGUUAUUAUUCACUCACAGCAUUUCCAUUUGUGGUCUCAGCCGUUUAAAUUUUAAGGGUUUUGUCCCAGAUGUUCAGGGAACAUUGUGGCCGAAAUGCGCAGAUGACAUUCCCAAGAAACUAAUUUAAUUAAAAAAAUAAACAGUUUGUGUUCCCAGUUUGAUUAAAGACAAAAACAAAGGAAGUCACAGACAGGCUAAACAACAUUGUGCUGAAGCUGCUAAAUGACAGUCGGAGAUCUUCAUUUAUACCUAUAUUUAAAUGAGAUGUGUUAUGAUUUAUUUCUUUUAAGUUAUAAUAAUUUUAUGGUCAAUACAAAACAUGUUAAUGAAGUUUUUUGCACGAAAUCAGUCUCACAAAAAGCAAUCUCACCAGCUCCAUUUUGACAUUUUCAGUGCCUUCCAGAAUGAGCCGUGUCAGAUCUCUUUAGGAAAAACAAGCUUUUUCUGGCCACGCCCACCCAUCCCCUAAUAGGCUGGGCGUUUAUCACAUGACAAUAGGAAAUAACAAAUCACAAUCUUAUUUUCUUUACCAGCAGCAUUACCUCGAAUUUCCACCGAACACAUAAGUAGUACGUAACGUCUGCGAAGCGAAGUAUGCAGCUAAUAUCUGCUGUCAUAAUUAUUGUGUUUCCACCGGCUGCCAAGCGUCGCGUUUUGGAUGUGUCCCGGAAGCGUAGCGUCACAUCAGUCUGCUAACUUUAUGCUUUGGGUUCAUUUUUUACAUGUUACACUUUCAGAUAAUUUCAAGCUCAGCUGUUCAGUUUUAACCAGACAGGAAACAGAGUAAAGUAUCUGUGAACUUUCAAAAUAAAAGACAAAGAUGCAGAUUUCCAGUGGCUUACCUAGUAAAAAAAAAAUACCAAGGACCUGUGAAACUGUGGCUGGUGUAAACAGAACAGAUAGUAAACCACACACCCUUUUAGAUACAUGCUGCCAUCUUCCUCCUUCGUUAUUAUUGCGUGAAAAGGCUGAAAUCACACGUGAUUUUGUAACCUCGCAGGACCAACAAAAUGGAACGCUCCUGGUGGGAAAGAACACGCCACUGAGGUUGCAGGGAAAAGGCUUUUGUUACGUUACCUUCUGCUUACGCAUCUAGUGGAAAGCCCAGGUUAUAGUCAAAGGGAGACAGUUCUGGCUUGCUUUUAGCGCCCCCUUGUGUCUGUUUGUAGAACCAAAAGCAAAACUUAUCUCCUCGCUGUGCGUUCGUCUUUUUAACACCUUAAUCUAACAGCUGAAAUGUCUCCCAGUCUGCCUUCAUUAGUUUCUACAGGAGUGAUUCAUCACUAAAUUAAGCAAACCAGCUGUGCUCAUGAUCUAAAACACGCUGGUGCCAGACCACAGCGCCAGGCAUGUCAGCAAGUUAAACCAAAGAGGUUCAGUUGCCUUCAGUUGAACCCUUUUGGACUCGUACACACACAUUUCCAUAAACCAUGCAGAAAGAAAACAUUUUUUAAAUUCAUAUUCAGCGUGUUUACAGAGGCAGUAGAGACCCAUAUGGCAGCACAAAAAGAUGCAAAAGUCAAGUAAGCAUAAAAUGUUCCCUUUUAACAGCCGAGACCCAAAAACAGGUCCUGCAUACAUCCUGCAGAUUAGUCAGCAGCUCGCUUACGUAUGGGGACAUUUCGUUCCAGUUCUUCAUACCCUUUGAUUCUGCACAAAUUAAUCCUAAACCUCAAAACCAAAUUAGGUUCAAGUUUAAUCUCAGACAUCACGACUGCUCUGACAGUUCUGUGAAUUCACGGAGCCAUGCUAAGAAACGCAAUUUGCACAAUCAGUCGGUCUAUUGUCUCACAUUAUUGUUACAAACAGAAACUAUUUCAAGUAUUUUCUCAUGAAAUCUUAUUCAGCCAUCAGUUUAUUAAACUGCCCUGUCCUUGGAAGCAAAAAACACACAAUUCCUAAACAGUUUUUAGACUUAAAGUGUUUCAUAUCUGUAAUCAAAUCAAGUAAAGUUCUCAUGAAAUAGUGUGCUAGCAGAACUUUUACACUUCUGUGGGCCUGUUUGUUUUGUUUUGCAACAGCCUUUUUCAAUUCAGCUCGAACUUGAAACAGAAAGUAAAACCUUUGGGCAUCACUGCCAGUGUUGCAGAUUUAUACAGGAAAUCAAACGAGGUUGCACAGAUUUUGGCUUCCUGAGAAAAUAUUGGCAGGAAACACAUCAGCUACAGUGUGCACAGAACUCCAAAUGGUUUGUUUUAGUCACAAUGAUGAAGACAAACAAAAAGGUGCGUGCUAAGUCCGACAGUGGAUAUUAGGGAUUCUCCUAAAAGCUAACCAUUAGCAAAAGAACCCCCCAACAUGGUGGAACACUUUCAAGCUUUUUGUGGAGAUAAAACAUCAAAGUUGUAUUUUUUACCCAAGUAGGAAGAGCUAACAGUGGCAGCAGAAGAGUUGCAUUGUUGUUUGCCAAUCCGAAGUGACAUUUUGCACAUAAGACGCCAGUUCCUGCCUCCCCAACUUUCUACCCCCCAAACUGGAGCGCCAGAGCUUCAUUAAGACAGAAAAUGACUCACAAGGCGUUACCCACAGCCCGUUUAUUGAAAUAACGAAAGUUUGCCCCCUUUAAGUACAAAAUCUUGCAGUUUUUGUAGAAUUUGUUGUGUAAAUUCCUUUUGAGUCCUCUGAUUUGGAAGUGCUGGUCCUUCAGCAUCCUGGUCCUCCAGGGCCACCAUACUGCAUAUUUUAAAAGUAAACUUUACUCAUAGUUUUAAUACAUUUGCAGUUGUCUCUAGAAGAAACGAAUGCCUUGUAAGUCGUUCUCGGGGGAAAAUAUGCACUGGUGCACCUGUUUGAGGACAUAGAAGUGAGCCAGAAGAGAACAUAUUUUCAGAAUUUGAAGUCUUAUUUCCUGAUUUUUGGACAUCUCGCCUCUCAUCUGAACGCUGGUUGCUCUGCUAUGUUUAUGCUUUAUCAUCACAACUAACACAAACCUGGAGGAGUUCUGCUGUGUGGUAGAGUUGCUAAUGCUAACGGUUAGCUUCUACUAGCUGAGACGUUCUCUGCUGUUUCCUAGACGGUAAAAAAAACUUCCCGUCCAGAUCCAAGAUGGGUGAGUCCAUGAAUGUGAAACAACAGUGUGACGUAGAUCUGUCAGGCUUUUCUGACCCAAGCGGUUUUCUGCUAUUUUCUGUCAGAAGCUAAUGCAGGAGAUAGGUGUGGGAGACUAUUUUCAUGCUCAACAUGCACGAAAGACUCUGAGUGACAGAUCGUUUUCAGAGCUUACUCUUUAAAGGUUUCUUUGCUUCGACACACCUGAUUUAAUCACCAGGUUUUAAUAGCUAAACAGGUAAUUCAGGCGAGUUAGAGCAGGGAUACAAAUAAAACAUGCUGGGUAGUGGCCCUCUCGAACCAGGAUUGGACUACUGGAGCAGUUGGACACGUUUAUACUCAGAUUCUUACUCCCAAGCCUGUUUUGAGCAGUAAAAACAAACAGGAGCCACAAUUAAAUCAAUUUAGACUUUUUUUUAAAAACAAAUAAAGAACAAUUUUAAGGCCCAGAAGGACUUUUAAUUUCAAGAUGUUUGUCCCCGUCUUGACAAGUUGGUUCAGUCAUAGUUUAUGAUGAUAAAAAAAAGUGUCACCAGUUUAAAAUGUGUAGAAUAACUGCAGGAUGAUUGGGUUCACGCAGUCUGGUGGUAUUUUCUUCUGUUUACAAGAAGGUUCUGGAGAUGUUUUGACGGCAGGUGGAGCCACAGCGUUGGGCUCAAGACUCCAUAUGUGUCACAAAAUCCCAAAUGUAGACAAACAAAACUAAAAGUCAGCGAGUGAAGCUCGGAGCACCACAUCUGCCGGAGCAGGAAAACAAUAGACGAACCAGUCCGUGAGAAGCCGAGGCUAUUUUUGGUGGGACCCGCCUCGCCUGCUAUUUCUGUCCGCGGGAGGGAGGCGCACCUCGACUGGGGCGGACUUUGUUUCUGCAACUUGCCUCCGUUAAGCCACUUUCCAGUUCCUCCUCUUCAGCCCGAGACCUCCAGGCACCUCCGGCGGCCUCCAUCACCUCCCGUUAGGGUUUCACUCCGCUGGGAUCUGAUUUCAGGAGGAAUUUCUGCAUAAUUAGGACUUUUGAGCUGUUUUUUUAGACUGUUUCUGUUUCUGCGAGACGCACAAGAUGGAAUCAGCGCCUCUGGAAGCGCCGUAGAAACAGGCAGGACACCAUACUUCAGGCAGCGACAGAUAAAGAAGUUGUCAUUCCCGAUUCCCCAUUUGUGCUUGCAUCAGCCACCAGAAGAAGAUUCAGCGGUGAUCCUUGUGUCUCGAGCAUCAUUCCUGUGUGAUUAUUUUUGUUUUCCACCAUGGACCUCCGGGUGGGAGAGCGGGGAAUGCGUCCCGGUUCGGACACGGCGCUCCUCACACCUCUGCACCCCCCUUUACUCCUCACCUCUUUUUCCCCUCAAGCCCGCACCUCCUUCUCCCAGCAGCAACUGCAUCAACAAAUCCGGUUUAACAUGGAACAGAGGCGGCGGGAGCAGGAGCACCACGAGAAACAGCAGGAGCUACAGCAACUGAAGCACAAAGACAAAAGUCAGCAGAGUGCUGUGGCGAGUUCGCUGGUGAAACAGAAACUCCAGGAGGUGAUUCUCAAGAAGCAGAAACAGGCGGCGCUGGAAAGAACGAACUCCAACACCCUGACGCCACAUCCUGUAGUGUACAGAAAACUCGGUCCAGAUCCCAGCGUGGCCUCCCAGCCUCUGGUCUCACCUCCAUCACACUCCCUACCUGACGGAUCAGAGGGCACGCCGCUCCGCCGAGCAGCAUCUGAGCCCAACCUGAAGGUAAAACACAAGCUGAAGAAACACCUCAACACCCGAAAGAGUCCUCUAACCCGCAAAGAAAGUGCCCCGCCCUCCAUCAAACACAGAGCACCAGAUGCACUCGAUUCCUCCCCCAGCAGCAGCAGCACCCCGGUGUCCGGCUGCAGCUCUCCUAAUGACAGCGUCCCCAAUGAGAAUGGACUGCUGCCAUCUGCAGGCGGACUCUCGCACGAGGCCCAGAAGCUGCUGCUAAGAGACGGCACCCUGGCUAACUUCACCGUCCAGAGCCCGUCCACCCUGCCCACCAUCACACUCGGCCUGCCAGCCAACUCCAGGGCCGAAGGAGAACUGUCGUCUCUGAAGGUCAGUCGGGUUCCCAUGGUUACGGCCGGGGGCUCUCCGGUCUUCCUCCCUCUCAGAGGAGAAGACCAGGUGGGGCAGAUGAAUCGUCACUUACCUGUCAUCAUCCUGGAGCCUUCUGGCCUUGUCCACCCUCCCAUUCUCACCGUUCCAGGUCUAGACUCCGUCCCGUUGCAGUUCGCACCGCAGCUGGACCACCUGUCUCCGGGAGGCGUUCAGCCCCACAAGCCCCUGAGCCGGGCACAUUCAGAACCGCUUCCCCAGAGCCCGCAUGCCCUUCACACGCAUCUCCUCCAGCAGCAACACAACGCACAACUCCUGGAGCGACUCAAGCAGCAGACUCACCUGGGCAAGUUGAUGUCCAAGUCCAGCGAGAAGCCCAGACUGCAUCAGAUCCCAUCUGAGGACAUGGACUCAGAGGAUGGAGAAGGGUCACCCCCGACUGACCGAACCUUUCACAGCAGAUUGAGGGCGGAGUCACUCAGGGAGGCGGAGCCAACAGGAUCCAAAACCCACGAAGAGCAAAUCAACCUGCAGCAUGCCCUCAUACUCAACCAGUCGUUGCUAUGGGAACAGCAGAAGCAGCUGCAGCAGCUGCAUCGGCAGAUGGAGACCCUGACUGUGCCCGUGUUACACAGCAGCGGCGGUGGUGGCGCUGCCUGCGGCUUGGGUGUCCACCGCCCGUUGUCCCGUGCGCAGUCGUCCCCGGCGUCCACCUCUCUCACCCUGCCUGAGAAACCGCUGAGUCUGACCGCUCAGGAUCCCAGCAGCAAGCCACAUUUUACCACUGGUUUGGUGUACGACUCCCAAAUGCUAAAGCACCAGUGUGCAUGUGGAGAUAACAGCAGUCACCCAGAGCAUGCUGGGAGAAUACAGAGCAUCUGGUCCCGACUACAGGAGAGAGGCCUGAGAGGACAGUGUGAGAGUAUUCGUGGUCGUAAGGCCACUCUGGAGGAGCUGCAGUCAGUUCAUACGGAACGCCACGUGUUGCUAUAUGGAACAAACCCGCUCAACAGGCUCAAACUGGACAACCGUAAGCUGGCUGGAAUGCUGUCUCAGAGGUUCUUUGUGAUGUUACCGUGUGGCGGUGUAGGGGUGGAUAAUGACACCAUCUGGAAUGAAUCGCACACGUCUACGGCGUCACGCAUGGCGGCAGGCAGCGUGGUCGAGCUGUCGUUUCGGGUGGCCAAAGGAGAGCUCAAGAACGGCUUUGCUGUGGUCAGACCACCAGGACAUCAUGCCGAAUCUUCUAAUCCAAUGGGUUUCUGUUACUUCAACUCUGUGGCCAUAGCUGCCAGGCAGCUCCAACAGAAGCUCAGCGUCAGCAAGAUCCUCAUUGUUGACUGGGACGUUCACCACGGUAAUGGCACCCAGGAAGUGUUUUACAGUGACGCCAGCGUUCUCUAUAUUUCACUUCAUCGCUACGACGAUGGAAAUUUCUUCCCCGGAAGCGGAUCACCGACUGAGGUUGGUUCUGGAGCCGGUGAGGGGUUUAACGUGAACGUGGCCUGGACAGGAGGACUAGACCCGCCCAUGGGGGAUGCAGAAUAUCUCGCUGCAUUCAGGUCUGUGGUGAUGCCCAUUGCUCAGGAGUUCUCCCCAGAUGUGGUUCUGGUGUCAGCUGGCUUCGAUGCAGCUGAGGGGAACCCCGCCCCUCUGGGAGGUUAUAAGGUCUCCGCCAAAUGUUUUGGUUUCCUCACCCGCCAGCUGAUGUCUCUAGCUGGAGGUCGCCUGGUUUUGGCUCUCGAGGGAGGUCAUGACCUUACGGCAAUCUGCGAUGCAUCCGAAGCCUGUGUCAGCGCCCUUCUAGGCAUACAGGACCAAAUGUCAGAAGAUGCCCUGCUCCAAAAACCCAACGCCAACGCAGUCCGCUCUCUGCAGACCGUCAUACAGAUCCAGAGUCAGUACUGGCAGAGUGUGAAGGCCAACAGGGCAGCAGUGGAACUGCCCUACCUGUCAGAUCCAAGUAAAGACUGUGAGGAAACAGACGCUGUCAAUGCGCUGGCCUCUCUGUCUGUAGGAGUCAUGUCCAACAAGAGUGUCGCUGAAGAGCCAAUGGAUCACGACAGCGACUCCAUGUAGGAAAAUCCAGCCAAUCACCUCACAGAGUUCAGGAAGCGUUCCCCCACCAGCCUCGGGUGUCUGCGCUGUUCGAAUGCACGCAAAGGGGACUUUUUUUGCGUCGCCAUUGAGCCUCACCCACUUGCCUUAUUUACACACAGCUCACCAGCCAAUGCCGACACAAGCGCCUCCUUUCUGGUAACCACUUGGCUGAAGAAGCCAGCAGCUGGGAAACCUCCGGAAAACCUCACCAAAGAGACAUAGACAAGUUUCUUUUGAGUGACUUUUCAUGUCUUUGGACAGACAUGCAAAUACAGCGGUGUUUGUUUGUUCCAUUGUUCAUUUGCAAGUUCAAGCAGUCAAUCGUUCAUCUGUUUGUUCAUUUGAUCACUCAGUUGUUCAACGGUCAUAAGUUCAAUCAAUCAGUCAUUCCUUCAUAAGUUCAAUUAGUCAUUUAUUUGUUCAAUCGAUCGUUUGUAAGAUUCAUCAGCCAUUUGUUAAUUCGCUCGAUUAGAUCAUUCGUUCUUUCUGAAGUUUGAGUGACUGAUCGAGUGUUAGUUCGUUCAUAAGUUGUAUUCAUUUGUUAGUUUCUUCAUUAGAUCAGUUUGAGCUUGAACUUUUGAUCGUUCAUUUGCUCGAUCAGUCGUUCGAAAGAAAUCCAUUCUUCGUUGGAUUUGUCAUUUGCUUCUUUGUUCGAUCGUUUGAGUUUGAUCGACUGAUCAUUCAUAAGUUCAGUCAGUGAUUUGAUUUUUAGUUCAAGCAACCGCUCAUUUGUAAGUUCAAUCGAUCGAUCGUUUGUAAGUUCGACUGUUUGGUCAUUCGUUCAUUCGUUUGUGCUCCAACUCUGAUUCUCUCUCUCUGUUCCAGCAGCCUUAACUUUGCCUUACUUAAUGUUUUAGGGAGAUGAAACUGUGGAAAAAGUCAUUUUUUUUAACUUUUGCGAUAUGUGAAGCAAACUUUGACCAAACAAGAUUUAAACCUGGUUUACUGUGUAACAUCAAAUGAGAGCUUAAUGUAUAAAAUGCAAUAAUACCGCCAAGUGGAACUGACCACGUCUUAAAGGAAGUAACGAGAGAUCGUCUGCUUUGAUGCUGCGUAACCACUAGAAGACAACAAAGAACUUUUUUUUGGGGGGGGGGGGGGGACUAAAUGAAGACACAAAACAGACAAACUGUGGUUUUGUACAAACAAAAGACAAUUGUCUUUUCUUUAUUGCACUGUUCGUUCCAUAAUGUGAACCAUAAGAAAUUCCAAACCUCUGGGAUGAGACAAUUCCUCUUAGUAGACCAUUCAACAGGUUUUCACAGAGCUGGAUUAAGUCGUGUUGACUGUGUUUUUACCAGGUUUGAUCGGAGACAUUUUAUUAAAUCUGCCUUGUUCUUCACACGUAAGCUGACAUACUGUAGCAUCGAAUUUCCUACAGAUGACACCUGAAAAGUAGUCGUGAUUCAUGUCACGUUUGGUUUUUCUCUGCUGUUUUUUACUUUUGAGGAUUUCACACACAGCAAAAACAUUUUUAUACAUGUACAAAGCUAUAAUGAACUUUUCUUUUACCACUAGUAUUGAAGACUGUGUAUUAACGUUUGUUUUUAUGACUAAAGGAGUGAUUGUUCCACCCUGACGCCACUGAGGACCAUCGUAUUGUUUACUAGCAAUACUGUUAUGCACUUAUUAGACACCACCCAAAGAAAUCUGCCUUAUAUGAGCAAGGAAAGUGGAGUUUUACUGAAUAGACACGAGAACAGGAACUUGGGACUCUAACCUGUGGAUUUACUUGAUGACAUCACUCAUCAGACUGUUUUUGCGUGAGUACAAUGACCUGAUUUGGUCUGAAUGUUGUUGUUUUUUUUCCCCAGCAUCUUAAAAAUAAACUCAGAGGUGUUUUGAUUGAUCUUUUGGUAAUUUUUGAGAACAUUUGCUGGAUUUAUUUCUUUAACUACGUGAGGUGAUUUUACAGAAUUUUUACUUUCUGGCGACUCUACUUUGUGAUCUUUUACUUCCAUCCUUUUGAGGCGUGAUCUCACUGCAACGGGGCAUUUCAGAGCUCUGCAUUCCAGAAGUACCUUUUUUUUAGUUAUUUUGAUUGUUGUGUGGCAGAAUAGAGAUUGUCGGUCUUUGUUUUACGUGUUUGACCACAUUUGAAUGACCAUUGCUAAGAUUCCUGUGCAUGAGUUUGAAAAAUAAAAAGCAAGAAAAGUACAAACCUCUUUUACUGUAGGAUUCAGGACACUAAACACACCUGAAACAAACUAAAACUUUGAUUUUACUGGUUUAUUUUACUCCUUUCAUGAGUUUCCUCUGAAAAAAAAAGACCUCCCUUCAGUUCUUCAUAGAUUUUCUGAAUGAUAAUCAACUUUUUAGUAUUUUUUUUUACUUUUCUUAUUAUAAAGCAAUAUUUUUUUUUUAUCUGAGGCAACUGCAGAAGCAAAAGACAUUUCAUAUUUCAGCUCUUAUGUUUUUGCAGAGCGGAUGUGUCUGAGAAGAAUAAACAAGUUAGUUUUCUGUGAUGUAAUUCUCAUUUGCAUUUUUUGAGUAGAAUAGAAAAAACCUGCUGCAUUUGUCUUAUCCAGCGUGAUCCAUGAAGUAAAGUAAUACUGGAUGUGUGCGGGAGAGCAUCGGUGGUUGCACGUGCACUUCCUGUCCUAUUCAUGCAUGCAUUUACAAGUAUUAAGGUGUCCAUCGAGUGCUGUAAAUGACCUUUGUAUUACACGUUUCUGUCUUAAUGAGAGGCCAGUACUGCCUCGGCUCUUAAUUCCUUUUAUUACUAAUGUAAUUUGUACAUUCUUCUUAAAGAAAGACGCUGUAAAUAGAAACUCCGAGACCAAAAUACACGUCACACGUGUGCCUUGAUGCAUUCUGUAGCAUGUGUAUUGGUUUAAUUAACUGGACUUGCUCUAAUUCUUUAUCUAAGAAAACAAAACUUAAAAUCUUUGUUUCAUUCAGCUCUUCAUUACUUAUUUUUAUUCCCAUUUCCUACCAUGUGUAUGUAUAGAAAGAUUGUCUAUUUUAUACUUUUUGUCCUUUUUUUCUUGAUUAAAGAAAUCUGUAAAACCAAA